ACAAGGGCUCGACUGCCAAUAGCUGAGAGAAAUACGUGAAAUAUAGCGUUUUAAGGAAAGCCGUUGUCGCCUGCAAUCCGCUUAAUGACACUAAUUAAGAUAAAUUGUUACCGGAAUCAGUUUAACACCAAAAACAAAGGAACAAGUCUCACUGCAUGGCGCCGAUCGAAUUAUCUCGAAAUCAGAACGUACAGCUAUUGAUCUUGACGAGAUAACCAAACUUAGCACGGCUUAUGUUCAAUAAUCAACCCUCGAAAAAGAUUGGCUUACAUAGAACAGAUGCAAACGCCAGGCGCGCACGCCAAUAGCGUCUGUUGAGAGGGUUUUUAAAAUGCCACUCCGCACACGAACACAGCGCGGCCAGCCACGUUCGGAUGAGCAGCUGACUGAUGCAAGAGCUUUGCUAAAGUGUCCCGUUUAAAUCCGCUUUACACGGUACACAAAUUUAAUCGAUUGUCUAAUUGAUCGGGCCUGACUGUUUGUAAACACUAAUUGAUCCUAUGUGGGUGGUGCUAGCAAGCCGGAGCCAUUGCUGGUCGAUUUGCUGAAGCGAGAUUAGAAAGGAAUUAUUUACAUUCUCCGAGGCCUGAAACGAGAGAAGCGCAUUGCUGAGAUUUGCUUAAAACUUGAGUUCCACAGGAACGCGCGAAACAAUCUGCAAGAGCUCCAAAGAUUGAGGUCCAGGGCGUACACAAUGGAGCAACUCAACAGCGAAGAUUUAGACCUGUCCGCGAGCAAACAGAGAAAGGAGUCGUGUCUAUCGUCCAAAACAGAGCGUCUAAAACCUCCGCACUCCUACAUUGCGCUCAUCGCAACCGCGAUUUUAAACUCGCCAGGAAAGAAGCUCACACUGACAGAAAUCAACGAGUACUUAGUGCAACAUUACGCGUUCUUCAGAGGUCCGUACCAAGGAUGGAAGAACUCCGUGCGCCACAAUCUGUCGUUCAACAAGUGCUUUGUGAAGAUUCUUCGCGACCCUGCGCGACCGUGGGGUAAGGACAAUUACUGGACAGUUAGCUCGCUGCACGAUUACCUGCUGGCGGACGGAACAUUCAGGAGGAGGCGAAGAAGAAAACCCAAGAGGAAGGACGAGAGGGAAGAGUUAAGUCGUAGCAUUAUCACAGAGCAGAUUCUGCCGAACAACGCCGUGAGGGAGUUUGGCGUUCCCGAAGCUGCGCGCAGAAGCAUUCUUAUGCUUCCCUCUUACGAGUCGUUCAGAGGAGACAGGGCGCUUUCUAGUAGCGUACACAGCACUAACAAGUCCCCAACACCCAAACAGUUCCGUGGAUCGUUCUCUAUCGAAAGCAUUCUAUCUGAAGGAAAGACGCGGACGAAGGAGACCACGAUUGGCGCGAGAAGGAGGAGUGAAACGACAUUUCCUGUGAGAAGUGUGCUUAAUCCAAACAUAGGUUCUCAGUUACCAGGACCAAGAAAUAUUGUUCACUGUUGCCAUCCAACUCCGGAAGUUCCGCUUCACUUCCAGAGACAGGAACACUUGUGCUCACCAAUGAGUCCCAACGCAGGCUUCUCGAGUGGUUGUGAGGUGUGGAACGCUUGUCAUUGCUUUCAUUCGUGCGCUGCUACGACGCACUUUCAUGCUUGUUACUGAUGACAAAGAGAACUAAGCUCUCAGGAAUUUUGGUUGUCGUUAUAGACGAGGUUAAGGUUUAGUUCUUUGCAGUGACAGUAAAGGAAUUAUGUGCAAUUUGAAAGUAAAGGAGUUAUAGGCUGCAGCUAGGGUUCCUAGGCCCAAAUGUUUGUCAAUAAUGUUUCAACUGGGGGCACUCACUUUAAACUACUCCACAACAAAUGUUCAGUUCAUGAGGUUUUGUUUAACCCUUAAUUUUACUAACAAUGAAGAGGUGUAACAAAAGUUUAAAAGAACUUAAUGACAAUUUAAAACACAAUAAAUACCAUUGCCAAUACAGGCUUCAUUUGUACGGUAACAAUAGGUCAAAAUUUGAAUUUGCUAAACAAUAUCGAGGUAUGGUAAACAAGUUAUACAGUAUGAAUAAACAAGUACGCGGA